UUUUGGUCAGCAGGUUUUCCAAUCAACUUUUCCAAUUUAACGAUUCCUGAAAUUGUUUGAUUAAAUACUGAUAAAACUGUGAAAAUAAAACCGAUAAAAGGGUUUGGCUGCGUAAGCACGCCUGGAAUGGAUUAAAGGCUUUGAACAUGGAUCCAUAUUCGAAGUACACUAUUUUGAUGACCAAUGGCAAUAUUUGAGAGACCUUUCGGUUAUAAUCAUAAACUCGAUGAUACACAGGCCAUAAUUUGCGUAAUUGAAACAGCACAGGAAGUGAACGGUCAUACGGAGUAUUUACUGCGGUUGCAGCGGGGCACUAAUAAGGAAAACUCUUGGAAAAUUUUGCGCCGCUACAAUGACUUCGCCGAGUUGCACAAAUGCCUCUGCAUUUCAGGUAUCGAUCUGCCCAUGCCAGGCAAACGGCUUUUCGGUAAUAUGCGGCCAGAUUUCAUAGCUGAAAGGCGACAAGCAUUACAGAUUUACAUAAACGCAGUUCUAAUGAAUCCCAUCUUGGCAUCAUCGUUGCCGGCCAAACGGUUUGUCGAUCCGGACAGCUACUCUCAAUCCUUUCAUGAUCAGGCUGUGCAAAAUGCCAUGCUAUGCUUGCGCAGCGAAGGUAUUUGGACAUUGGGUAGCACACUUGGGCCAAUAGGUUGGCGAUUACGAAAACACUACUUCAAAGUAUCACCGAAACCACCGGAAAAGACUGGAAACAAGUUACUUGUGAAAAGUGGCUCGCAGUCACACCAAGGUAAACAUUUUGCAACGUCGAGCAGUAAUGGCGGCGGGGGCGGUAGUAGUAGCGGCUCUAUAGAUGGAGGUAACGUGGAUCCAUCGGAGCUUGUUUUGGAGUGGAUCGAAUAUGGCCCCGAUAAAUAUGUAGACGACAAGGAACUGGGUAGCAUUUUAAAAAGUCUAAUGGGCUUGCAGCAUCCUCACAUCGAAACGAUUGUGUAUGCGGCACAUAACGAGAACGGUAGCAUAGUUGUGCGGAGGUUUUACAAGCAAGGCACUCUGAAAGAUAUACUUUGUAUGGCCACGCCAAAAAACCCAUUUCUUAGUAAAUACGGCAAUCCAAAGGGCAGAACUGCACUCACCAUGAAACAAGUAGCGAUCUAUGGACGUCAAAUAUUGGAGGCUUUAAUCUUUAUUCAUUCUAAGGGAUAUCCAUACGGUCAUUUGCACGCUGGAAACAUCGUGAUUGUGGAUGAUUGUGUUAAAUUAUUGGAUAUCGAAAACUAUCUACUAGGCGUGCCCGCUUUUUAUCGACCGUUCUUCGUACAACAUAGUAAAAUUCAUUCUGUGGAAAAUAUAGAUGUGUACAGUUUUGGUCAUGUACUUUUCGAAAUGGCCAUGGGCUAUCCCUUGCAAGAGUCUGUAGCACGACAAAUCACCGAAUGUCCCGAAACUUUAAAGAACUUAUUAGAGAGUAUAUUAUCAAAAGAAGCGGUAAGAGCUGGCUUACCGUCGCUACAACAACUAAUUGGCCACCAGUUCUUUGCACAGCAUGCAAGUAGUGCUGCUGGCGGGUUUAGCUGCUGUAAUGAAGAUUCCAGGAGGACACAUUUUAAAUUGUCACUGAAUGCUAAGGAAAUUUUAAAACAGGCUGCUCAAAAAUCUGAUUUAAGGCUGCGGGACGAACAAAAAUCUGUAAAAAAUCAAAAGCGCAUUGUGCGUGUGCAGGAAAUGAUGAGUUCAGAGGAAGAGAAGCGAAAAUCAAAACAAAAAGCGAAACUUGAGCAUAAACAGUCAAAAUUGAAGCAACAAGGAUCGCUGCAAGCAGGUAACGGGCGGCUAUCACUAUCCGCUGCCAGCGGCUCUGCUGCGCUCACCGCAUUUGCUAGCAGCACCAGCGGUGAUACUGCACCGUUCGAGCGAGCUGAUAGCGUGCUAAGUAUGCAUAUGCCAAGAGAAUUAAGUACAGCUGCUACAUCCCAAUUUGUUGAUAUUAAAUCUCCACCCUUUGAGCAACAACAAAGCACAGCACACGAAAAGCAGCAGCAACAACAACAUUCUUCGUCAAAGCAACCUACCUUAUUAGCAAAUGUCGAACGCCAAGCGUCGUCGCCAAAUAUUUCAAUAGACACUGAACAAGGCAGUGAGCCCACGCGAUCAGCACUCUUAGAGUCAAUUUGUAAAUUCAACCGUGGCUCAUUGCGAAAAGUCCGUUCAAAUGAUUAGUAAAUAAUAAAAAGCUAACGUAGCUAACAAAAAAAAAAAA